GCGUUCAAGAAUUCGGCCUAAAGAAUCCGGUCCAGAAGAGGGUCAGCCGAGAGAGGCAGCAGAGUUCCACCAUCGCUGGUUGCAGUCACUCGCACCUUGAUCCCAAAGCUAUGGACCGGGCGUCCUUUCCUUCAAAUUCCAGCCUGACCUUCACCGUGUGUGCCAACCGCGCGCAUGGUUGCCCCGCCGUUCUCCCGAUGGACGCAGUCACGGACCAUGAAACAGCAUGUCCUUUCAGCCCGCUUCGAUGCGUCCAUCGGGGAAGCUGUGGAUACCUCGGCAGAGUCAUCGACAUGGCGGGACAUCUGGUGCGCGCUCACAGUUGCCCAUAUUACCAUGUCGGAGUUCCACCAUCGCUGGUUGCAGUCACUCGCACCUUGAUCCCAAAGCUAUGGACCGGGCGUCCUUUCCUUCAAAUUCCAGCCUGACCUUCACCGUGUGUGCCAACCGCGCGCAUGGUUGCCCCGCCGUUCUCCCGAUGGACGCAGUCACGGACCAUGAAACAGCAUGUCCUUUCAGCCCGCUUCGAUGCGUCCAUCGGAGAAGCUGUGGAUACCUCGGAAGAGUCAUCGACAUGGCGGGACAUCUGGUGCGCGCCCACAGUUGCCCAUAUUACCAUG